AAACCGUUGUUUUGGAAACCGAUCUUGGCACAACUCAUCGGUGUGAUUAGUUGAGUGGGAUGCGGCCACGAUACAACAGGUUGCAAAAAUACCGUCUUUUGAGUGGUGUUUGAUUGAAACAAUUACAAUCUAUUGUGUUUAAAUAGACAUUUUUCUAAAUUGAGUAUUAAAAAAACAUCACUAUUUGGCGCAAAAACCUCAUCAUACAGACUGUGGAUUGAUUUCGCUACGAGCCGUGUCUUACCCCAGUUCGGAUACCGCCUUGGACAAAAACAUUUGGAUUAUGUUUUCAGUUCUCAAAUGAUAACGUGUGAAUGCUGCAACUUCUUAAACCAGCAAGCAAGGAUGCUAGAGCUUAACAAUCUGUUCUUUGUAGUCUUUUCAUCGUACCAAAGUGCAGUGCUACAGCUACUUUUGAUGAAAAUCAACCGUUUUCAAUCAUGAACAAACGUUUUAAAGGUUCGUGUUUUUAAGCCAUGUAGCAGUGGUUUGUGAUUUUGUCAGCAAAGACGGCAAUCAUGUUUUCAAUAACCUUGCAGACUAUUUUACUGACUUGCUUUCUGAUUUACAUCAUACCUGGUAAGAGCCAAGUGUGUUUGACAUUUAUUGACCCUUGCCCAACAUCUUGGCACCUGUGGGGAAACUCUUGCUACAUAAUCACCGAGACGAUCGUGCCCUGGGCAAGCGCUAGAGGCGAGUGUACCAAGCUGGGAGGUGCCCUUGUUGCCCCACGGACAGUCCAAGAAAAUGACUUUAUUGGGGCAUUGAUUCCGGCGGGCAAGAAUGCUUGGAUCGAUUGUGUUCUAGAUGGGAGUGACGUAUGGGUUUGCAAAGAUGAUGGUGAGGAGGUCCAGUUAAGGAAUUGGGACCUUGGGUGGUCGCCACGGCAGCCCGAUGAAGGGCGCCAGAGGUGUGCCGUCAUACAGCGUGAAUGGAGCUUUCAAUAUCUGUGGCAUGAUCACUGUUGUAACAUAGACCAACGAUCAGCUUGCAAGAAACCUGCAGGACCAAGAUAUAUCUUCGAUGAGUAAACGAAAAACAAAACAUUAUGCGAAUCAGACGAAGAAAACCCCCCAGGAUAAACCGACUUCGCAGGAGACAUUAAGGCAACAAGAAUCAGAAGCGGUUUAGAAGCCGUUUUGCAAGAAAAUAACAAAUAAACUGCUUUAAUCGGAGUGGUGUAUCUAUCUGACGUAACUUUGACUCAACUGUACCAUGGGUCUGCUAUCACUUGGGAAGCCACUGACGUGGGAAGAGAUCAAAGCAAACAAUUAUCAUGAACACGUCAGACGUCAUGGAUUAAUUCAGUUUGUGAAUCUCUAUAACCGAUUGAAAGAUAGACCUUGUGAUGUACUCAAAUGGGGGGAUGAGGUGGAGUACAUGUUGGUGAAGUUGGACCACAAGACAAAAUCAGCGAAGCUGUUACUGAGUGCUGAGAAGGUACUUCCAGUCCUCCAAGAGCAUGAGGAGAUGAACCCAAAUGGUGACCUGAAGACGUUAUGGCGGCCUGAAUACGCAGCCUAUAUGGUGGAAGGAACACCUGGGAAACCCUAUGGAGGUCUUAUGGCUCAUCUCAACACUGUAGAAGCAAAUAUGAAGCUCAGGAGGCAACAAGUCAUUGAAUUACUGAAUAAAGAGGAAGGAGAAACGGCUCUCAGUCUGACUGCUUUCCCCAGGCUCGGAUGUCCCAAUUUCUCCUCCCCAUCCUAUGAACCGGACUCAACAGAUGAAGGCGUUUCUAAAUCGUUAUUCUUUCCUGAUGAGGUGAUCUACCCUGGACAUCCAAGAUUCAGAACUCUAACCAAGAACAUCAGAAAGAGACGUGGAGAGAAAGUUGCAAUCAAUAUACCAAUUUUUAAAGAUAUAAACACCCCUUCCCCCUUUGUUGAGAAGUUCACCAACGAUUACGACGGUGAGAGCGCCCUCGCAGCUAAGCCUGAUCAUGUAUACAUGGACUGUAUGGGUUUCGGUAUGGGUAAUAGCUGUCUACAGAUGACUUUCCAAGCAUGUAACAUUGAUGAAGCGAGGCAUCUCUACGAUCAACUGACGCCUCUCUGUCCGAUAUUUCUUGCACUAAGUGCAGCCUCACCUCUGUACAAGGGUUAUGUGACGGAUCAUGAUUGCCGAUGGAAUGUCAUUGCAGGAUCUGUUGAUGACAGAACCAAAGAGGAACGCAAUCUGGAGCCUUUGAAGAAUAACAAAUUUGUGAUUCCCAAGUCACGUUAUGACUCCAUCGAUAGCUACCUAUCACCUAAUGGUGAGAGAUACAGUGACAUUGACUUGAUUCUAGAUGAGAAAGAUUGUCAGGAGCUCAUGGAUGCAGGCAUUGAUCGUCAGUUGGCCAGACACAUAGCUCAUCUCUUUAUCCGUGACACUGUGUCAGUAUUUGCAGAGAAGAUUGACCAGGAUGAUACGCAAGAUUCAGAUCAUUUUGAGAACAUUCAGUCCACGAAUUGGCAGACGAUGCGUUUCAAGCCCCCGCCAGUCAAUUCCAAUAUCGGCUGGAGAGUUGAGUUCCGGCCAAUUGAGGUUCAGCUGACGGACUUUGAGAAUGCUGCAUUUGUCGUCUUUCUGGUUCUACUGACUCGGACGAUUCUGUCUUUCAAGCUCAACUUUUUGAUGCAGCUGUCAAAGGUUGAUGCUAACAUGCAACAAGCGCAGAAACGCAACGCUGUCCUAGACUCCAUGUUCCACUUCCGUAAAGAUUUGAGAUCAUGUUCAUGUGACUGUCCAAUCGAGAAGGAGCAAUGUUUGAUGAGUGUAAAUACAAUAAUCAAUGGAGGACCAUUAGGUGAUGGACAGGGCGAGUUCCCAGGUUUGAUACCUCUUAUAAACCAGUACGUCAGUACAGUAGAGACGGAUCUAGAUACAAGGUGUACAAUCAUGUGUUACCUGAAAUUCAUCUCGGACCGAGCCUCGGGCAAACUGAUGACACUAGCAACCUGGAUAAGGAACUUUGUCUCGGAACAUCCCGAGUACAAACAAGACUCGGUCGUUACCGAUCAAAUCAAUUAUGACUUGAUCUCGGCGUGCGAUCGCAUCACUAAGGGAGACCUUAAAGUCCCGGAGCUUGUCCACAUCAUCGAGUCUAAAUCAUCCAAUGACAUUCCAAACUCCAUCAAGAUUGCUCAGGAUAUUAAAUAGCGCCCUCUAUUGGCAUAUUGCCCCCCCCAAAAAAAAAAAAAAUUAAAAAAAAAUUGAAUUUUAUACACUCGGGGAAUUCUGACCUGAUAUAUUUUUGAUGAAAGAAUAGAAAAUAGAUUUCUAUGUAAUUCUGUAAAAUGGGAUUGUUUUGAGGCAUUUUGAUGUUUAGGCUGAGUAAUAUGAGGAUUAGGUGAUAGGAAUUCUGACGUUUAUUGAUGUUUUUCAUGAUUGUUUUAUACAAGUGAUAAAAGUCCAGUUGGGAGAACUAAGUACUAUACUAAACUGAUCCACUGUCCUUAUCUGCAAGUAUGAGGACUGGACAGGUAUUGGUUUAUAUGAAUACAUAUGUACAUUGGAUUUAACUGCGAAUCUCCAGAGUCAUGAUGAAAGCCAUAUGAAAUGAUGUGAGGUCAAUGGUUAAUUGGACAUGGGCUCAGCGGCAGAUCUCUGGCUAACUGAGUACCAAGCAGCCAAAGUGAUUAGAUUUGGGACAGGGCCCUCUACCAAAAUCAUUGAACCCAAAUCCAAAAUCACCCGAUUUUGAUUUCUUAAUCAUUUUGGAUUUUACUACCCGAUUUUGACGAGUGAUUGUUAUUUUGAAGGGUGAUUUUGAUUUCUGAACAGGUUUUGCCAACCAAAGUCAGGUCUGAUUUUUGGUUGGUAACACUUCUAGUACAAUUCCCUGGUCAUUGUCUUGACUAAUUCCAUAAACUGUACAUUAUUGUGACUGGUGCUUAGCAAACCAAUUUGCUGAGCAGUAAUUUCUGUUUGACAGCUUGAUGAAACAUUAGCCUUGGUUUAAGGUUUCACAAAAAAAGGUAUUAGGAAAUGGUAUCAUAUAUUGUAAUUGACAUAAAUAUAGUUAUUUUAUGAUGUACAUUUAAUAAUGCAGUCACAUGAUUGUGAUGUGUGUUUAUGAAAUUAAUAGGUUUUCUCCUGGCUCGCUUAAGAUGAAUCUUAGUGAUUUGUAAAAUCAACCCCGGUGACCUGGAUGGAAACUUGAACAGGUUAUAUUUGUAAUUAUAGAAUAAUAUCUGUGUAUAUAUAUCUCUUCAAAUAAAUAACUUUUUGAUACCGGUAAUAGUUAGAGUACUGAAAAACGAGGAUGUAUUGAGGUACCGACAGGGAGGAUGGACUAGUCUUGGUACAAGACAGUUUUAUAGUUAUUGUUUGUGACUAUUUCACCAAUAGAGGGCGUUACCUAGAAGCCACGAACUAGCUACAGUGUAUGAACUAGCCAAUACAAACAUGAGGUGGUUGAUGGAAGAAUUCAAGUUUUCCUAUCAUUGGAUGGUAAGAAACAACAUUGUAUUGUGACAAGACUCAGGUUGUAAUUCAGCAAAAACUCCUAAAUGAAUGAAAACAAAACAAAACACAAAUAAGCAGUCAGCGCCCCAUUUCCAAUUGUGAUGAAAGGAAAUUUGCCUCCCACAAAAUAUGCACAGGCAGAAUGAACCAGGCUUUUGGCUUGUAUCAUAUUCAGCCAUCUUGACUUAUUUUAAUCGCUAGCCUGGUACCUUUCUAUGUAAAGACAUCCAUUAUCUACAAUAGUUAUUGCACAUUGGGAACUAGACUCAAAUGAUGAGUGCAUGAUACACCUAAUCAUGUUGAUUGAAGUGCCUUAAGUUUCUAUGGAAACAGAAAGCCAGUCUUAAAUUCUGGAAACAAAUUGUACAAACAGAAAAAUGCUGCUUUUAUUUUUCAAACAAUUUCUAGAUUAACACAUAAAAGAGAAAGGUGCAAUUCCAGUUGAGUGUUUAACUUUCAUGGAGCUUUUUGUACAAGUUCACAGUGAAGACUAUAGACAAAUCCAUUUGGGAGUCCUGUAUGUACCAAUGUUUCACCCAUUAUAAAAUGUAAAAUACUAUUUUGUUACACACUACGCCAAUUCUGACCAAUGACGUGCCCUAUGUAAGUGCCGUGUCGUGGUUGAGUGGAUAUUAGAACACUGGACUCAAGUCUGGUGUUUCUGAUCAGCAGAGUGUGGGUUCAAGUCCCGGUCGUGACACUAGCUGCGCCCUUGGGUUGGGACCUAGAGCCUUGGGCUCAUAUGGGUGUAAUGCAUGUAAGAGAACCCAGUGCACUUAUCGAAAACAGAAGGGGUUCGCCCCGGUGUUCCUGGUUUGGUUGGCUGCAUAUUGUCACCACAGCACCGUGUAAAACAUCACAUGGUGCUAUAAAGGAAUUGGUCUCAUCACUUAAAAGACUUAAUAAUGACCAGUCUUUAUAUCCGGAGGGUGUCUCAAAGGGCUUCCAACAUUAUUACCCCUGGUCACUGGGCCUUAAUUCACUCCUUAAACCAUCUCAGCUCCCUGUUGGGGAGUACGCAGCCUGUGCAACACUAAUAUGCGCUACUCGGCAAAACCAAUCAAUCACAAGAACCAUCUCUGUCCUCACAGGUACCCAUUCAGCCCUGGGU